AUGAUCUCCCUUCACACAUUUCGCGGUACAUUUUCCCGGAGAUGCGUCGCUGCAACCUCCGGCGUCAGAACCUACGCUAGCCAGACGCCUGGCAAUCCCAUGAUAGAGAUCUUCAACCGCAAAACGAAGCAUCUACAGAAGGACCGCGCAGCUCGGAAUGUCGAGGAGAGCCGGAAAACAGAUUACCUGAAAGAUGAAGUGGCGCUGCGCUUAUGCGAACGGUUGCUAGAUAUCAAGCGCGACUUCCCUAAUGUGCUGGAUCUGGGUGCGAAUAGCUGCAACAUCGCGCGGGCAUUAACAACCCCGAACCUCGACAUCGCAGCGCCCGAGGGCACUGCAACACCAGCAUUGGCAGAGCGGAUAGCGAAAUUGACAUGCGUGGACACAUCACAUGCGCUGCUGCACCGAGAUGACGAGCUCCCUUUUAAUAAAGAGAUCAACAUUCAUCGUGAUGUGAUCCCUGACCUGGAGACACUGCCCUACCAGCCGAACACAUUCGAUGCGGUCCUCUCGUCACUAUCCAUGCACUGGAUUAAUGACCUACCUGCAUUGCUGGAGCAGGUCAACACUAUCCUCAAACCAGACAGCCCCUUCAUUGCAGCAAUGUUCGGCGGUGAUACUCUCUUCGAACUGCGGGGAUCACUGCAGCUUGCUGAUUUGGAGCGCCGCGGCGGUGUCACUCCCCAUGUAUCGCCGCUGGUUGACGUGCGAGACGUCGGAAAUCUACUGAAUCGCGCAGGGUUCAAGAUGCUCACUGUGGAUGUCGAGGACAUUGUGGUAGAGUUUCCGGACUCAUUUGCGCUUAUGCAGGACUUACAAGCCAUGGGUGAGAGCAAUGCCAUCAUGCACCGUGAGGCUGGACCCUUGUCACGGGAUGUCUUGCUGGCCAAUGAAGCCAUCUACAGGGCAAUGUACAUGGAAGAUGACGCUCCAGGUAUCCCAGCAACGUUCCGGAUGAUCUACAUGAUCGGAUGGAAGGAUGGCGGCAACCAGCCGCAGCCGCUCCAACGCGGUAGUGGUGAGCUCAACCUCAAGGAUAUUCUAGGUGGUGGUGAUUUCCAAAAGCCGUGA